AUGAAUACCACAGCGUUGUUCUUUAUCGCCCUAAUCUACACGGCGCUCUGCAACCCGUUGGGUCAGACGACGGUAUGCGAAUCUUCGCAGCCCGUCGGGACCACAGUCUACGAGUCCACUUCCAACAUCCCCUACUACCCGUACGGUCUACCGGCUGGACUUGGCCUGGCCGGACUCCUGUCGAACGCCAACCCGCUGGCCUUGUCCGGUCUACCCGUCCCUGGAUUGGGUACGACCACUGUCUACGAGAACAUCCCAAACGUUGGCGGUCUCGGUGGACUUGGAUUGGGGGGCUUGGGAGUUCUUAAUCCACUGAACGGCCUACCUCUGGGAUUGCCUUAUGGUCUCGCUGGGACAGUCCCGGGUCUUUUGGGCGUUGGACAGUUGGGCUUGCCGUACCCUGUUCCCACUGUCGGCACUGGCUCCUCUACCGUCUGCGAGAGCACUUCCAAUGUGGGUGUUGGACCCCUAGGCCUACCUAUUCCACUCGGAGGCAUGGGCCUCGGCGGACUGGGCCUCGGAGGCCUGGGCCUCGGCGGACUGGGCCUCGGAGGCCUGGGUUUAGGCCUGGCGCAGGGACCGUUCCCUUUUUUA